UAUGACCUUGAAAAUUUGACCAGAGAACCAAGUUACACAUGUAGAGCACUUGGUUCUGUGGGAAGUCUUCAAGUUACUUGAGGUCUAAGAGCUUCAUGAGUAAGACCAACAAGAAUAGAACAGAUUUGUAACAAUAGAAGGCCUGAAUGGUAUUUCGGACCAUAAGAAAGAAAAAGGGUAGUAGAACAUUCAUCAAAAACAGUGGAUAUGAACAGAAUCUACUGCAAGUCGGCUGCAUUUGGUAAAAGUUUGAUGGCUGGGACUUCUUGAACAAAAUUAAUCGAAAUUGUGAUUAAGAACAAGUAAUAACUAUACAUCCCCAAAUAUCAAAACAGAGAUGAAUUCUGAAACAGAUACAGCAAACUGAAGAAAUACAUGGUGAGAAGACAGCAUGAAAACUGCCAAAUCUGUGCUAAAAAUCACACUGUCAUUCACUUCAAUUGGGAGCCAUCCUGAUGUACAUACAUUCAGCGUGGAGACAGUCCAGUGGUAUCCUCAUGACACUGGCAUGUUUACAUCCAGCUCGUUUGAUAAAACCUUGAAAAUAUGGGAUACAAAUACUUUAAAAUCUGCAGAUGCCUUUCACUUUAAAGGAACAGUUUAUAGCCAUCACAUGUCUCCAGUUGCUACAAAUCAUUGUUUAGUAGCAGUUGGUACCAAAAGCCCCAAAGUACAGCUCUGUGACUUGAAGUCUGGAUCUUGUUCUCACAUUCUGCGGGGUCACAGGCAAGAAGUACUGGCAGUGGCUUGGUCCCCACGUCAUGAAUAUGUUUUGGCAACAGGAAGUGCUGAUGGUAGAGUGAAAUUAUGGGACGUGAGGAGAGCAUCUGGAUGUCUGAGUACACUUGAUCAGCACAAUGGAGAAAAGUCCAAAUCAUCUUCGGAGACAGCAAACAGUGCUCACACUGGGAGAGUUAAUGGUUUAUGCUAUACAAAUGAUGGACUUCAUCUGUUAACCACUGGUACAGAUGAUCGGAUGCGACUCUGGAACAGCUCCACUGGAGAAAAUACAUUAGUGAAUUAUGGGAAAGUCUGCAAUGAAAGCAGAAAAGGACUCAAAUUUACAAUCUCCUUUGGCUGUGAUCCGGAGUUUGCCUUUGUACCAUAUGGUAGUACCAUUGCUGUUUACACAGUUUUCACAGGAGAACUGAUAACUAUGCUUAGAGGGCAUUACACUGCUGUCAACUGCUGUGUAUUUCAGCCUAAUUUUCAGGAACUUUAUAGUGGUAGCAGAGAUUGCAAUAUCCUUGCAUGGAUACCAGCUCUUCGAGAGCCAAUUCCUGAUGAUGUUUCUGAAAAGUCUCUGCCUCAACAGCAUUUAAAUCCAGCAUAUGAAGACGCAUGGAGCAGCAGUGAUGAAGGCUGAAUUUCAAUUACGUGCUGAUAUGCAGUUGACAUUCAGGCACUGCAUUCACAGACUUCAUUUACAGAAUUGGGUAUUGUGUGGUAUAUUACGACUGGAUUUUUGGUACAGUUUAUAUAAUCAUAGAAUCAACAAGGUUGGAGACCUUUAAGAUCAUCAAGUCCAACCAUUACCCCAGGACUGCCAAGACCACCACUAAAGCAUAUCUCUGGGGGCCUCAUCUAGACCAUUUUUUAACACCAAAGCUAUGGAGAUACCCAAAAUGACAAAGGCAUUGGGAACUUCCUAUUUUAUGUUUCUGUAGUCACACUGCAUUAAAAACAGAAGUAAUGUUAUUUGGAAUUUAGUCUCUUCUCAAGCUGAGAAGGCAAAGCAGAUCCUCUCAUUGAAGAAAGGCUCUCAGGUUAGCAGCCAGGUCAGUGAGCUGUGCUACUGAGCACUAGAAUCAGGACCCUGCAGACACGAACCUGAAGGGCAAAAGAAAGGAACAGCUCAUCCUUUUUCUCAUCUAAUUAAGUACGGGAAGCACAGUUCUGUGAGGGCAAGUUAUUUCAGAAAUAAGUUUCCACUGUUCUGUGGUUUGUUUUUUUUUUCCUUCACUGUUAAAGUUAGAUCUAAAGGAUUGGUUUUUCAUCCUUACUGACUUUUAUACUUAACCCUUACACAUUGGUAUUCUUUAUUCAGUGUUGAAUAUCUGAUGAAAGAAAAAUAAAAUCCCUUGGCAACAGUAAAUCUUGCACUGUUUCUGGGGCCACUAAUAUAUAAGGAGAUAAUCCCUUCAUUUCCAAGUGGCAUGAUACAAACGAUUUUGCCUGAAAUAGGACUAGCUCAGGGAUACUUCUGUCUUAUUUUUGUCAGUCUCAAGAUGAAGCAGACCAACAUUCAUUUUCAGUGGAUGUUGGCUAUGGGAGCCAACGCGAUUUUGUGUCUGUUCUUUUGCAUUUUCAGUUUAGCCUAAAUUUCUGCACAAAUGUAGUAUUCGGUUCAGAAAGAGGUAUAGCUGAGAUUGUCUAUUCAAGUAUUUACAUGGUGAUCCCAUCAGCUAGUAUUUGAAUCUGUUCCAGAAAGUUAAGAAUAGUAACUAGUUUAGAGUUUUUGUUGCUCCUGUUAGCAGGUUUUAAGAUCAGACUUCCAUGUAUGAAUUUCUCACACUUCCCUAGCCAGGAUGAAGAUUUCAUGCACAAACACAGGCUUGAGGUACAGUACAAGGCAGAGGGUGAAUCACACUUCAAGUUAGAAAUAUCAAACGUAGUUGUUCAAAACUGUUUAAAUUUGUGGUCCAAGUGCCUGGUCUGUUUUGAAAGGAGAAGCUUUGUGGGGUUAUUUUCUCAGUCGCUAGUUUGUGCUUCAGACAUAGUGUAGUCACCAAGCCGAGAGCUGAGUUAGAGGUUCCCAGCAGAUGUAGAUGCAGCUGUAUAGAUAAGAACUUCCUUCCAAAGCAGGGCAGAUAUUAAGACCACAAAUUCAUACACAAGGAAAAAAUAUUGUACAAAUAAAUGAAAGAUAAUUUAAUCUUUGUAUAGUGCGUAUUAUUGCUAUGAUUAGUAUGUAUUUUAUUCACUGUGCUUCUGUAUUUUAAUAUCAAUACAAGAUAUGUCAAUCUAGAGUUUAGCACUGUAAAACUGAUACAAAGUAAGGAGCGGGCAUAUCGAGGGAAUGUCGUAAUUAAACAAGCUUUGUAUGUAGUGCAUUUUUGCUGGGAGACACCCACUAUUAAGUGGAUAGCUGCAGGGUGGAAGACUUCCAGAAGUUUCGGCUGGAGUUAAGAACCAGCCUGACACUGUCACUUUACAGGAGUAGAGAAAAGAAUUUUCUUUUUUCCCCCCACUCCCCACCCCCCCCAAUUAUAGUUUGCGUUAAGCGAUGGUGGCUGUUCCCUCUAAAACUGGGGAAUAAAUUUUGAGAAAUACAACACAUUUUGACUUUUGUCUUGGCAAGGAUGACCCUUUUUCAUGUUACAAUUGUGCAUAUGAUUUGUAUAUGCAAACUACAGAGCAUGUAUUUGGUAUUUGAAUUUCUAAAAAUGUGUUCAGUAAAUUAGAAAGCUAAUUAUCAAAGAAUUUUAUUUUUUUUUCUAAUCAGUUUUCAGUUAUCCGUAAUAUCACUAUAAGUGGUGUUGAUCUUAAACAAAACCCCACCACAUAACCAGCUCUGUGCUGGACCAGGAAUGGCAUAUAAAAUGGGAGAGGUAGAAAAAUUAAAUUUAUUAAAAAAGGUGAUAUAAAAUUAAACCCAUAAAUAAGAAUGUUGUAUUAAUUCUCCUGGGUUUGGGUUUGUUUUGGUGGUGGGUUUUGUUGGGGUGUUUUUUUUUUUUUCUUUUUGGUGAUUGGUUGUUUUUUUUUUUUUUUUUCUUUGAAUGGCAUUUUCUCAAAUUAGUUUCUCUUCCUGUGCUUUAAGUACAACAAUUAUGGAGAUUACAGGAGACUACUGGAGAUAAUCUAACCCAACCUCCCUGCUUAAAACACAGUCAUGUAAAGCAGGUUGCUCAGGUUUGUGCCCAGUCGGGCUGUGAGUAUCUCUACAACCUACAAACCUGUUCCAAUGUUUGAGCAUUAUUAGACUAAAAGUUUGUUCUUAGAUUUAAAUGGAGUUUUCUGUAUUGUGGUUUGCAACCACUGUGUCUUCCCCAUUCUUGGAUACCACUGAGAAGAGUCUGACUUCCUCUUCUUUGCUGUCCCUUUCCCUGGCUCCAUCAGGUAUUUCUUCACAUUGGUAAGAUCCUCCUCAGCCUUUUCUUCUCCAGGCAGAACAGUCCCAGCUCUUUCAGCCUCUUCUGGUAGGAAGGAUCACCUCCGUCACCCUGCUGCCAUCAUUCUUCCUAAUGCAACCCAGGUUGCUGUUGGCCGCCUUUGCUGCAAGGGCACAUUGCUGCCCCUUUAGUAUCAAGCAGGAGUGCUGCAUUAUUUUCUACAGAGCUGCUUUCCAGCAGGUUGGUCGCCGGCCUCUCCUGGUCCAUGGCCUUUUUGCUUCCUGGAUGCAGGACUUGACAUCUUCAUACAUUGAACAUCAUGAGGUUCCUGUUUGCAUAUUUGUCCAGUCUGUUGAGGUACCUCUAAACGGUGGCAGCACAACCACGUGGUGUAUCAAGCACUCUGCCCAGUCUUGUAUCACCUUGUAUCAUAUCAUCUGUGUCAAACUUGUUGAAGGCACAUCCUGUUUUAUCAUCAAGGUCAUUAAUGAAGAUAUUAAACAUGACUGGAUCCAGUAUUGCCCCCUGGGGUACACCACUGAUGACUGGACUUUGUGUUGCUGAUUGCAAAGCCUCUAGGCCUGACCCUUCACCAUUUUUCAAUCUUACUGUCCACUUACCUAUUCUUUGUCAGCUUAUCUGUAAGGGUGUUGUGAGAGACUGUCAGGAACCUUUCUGAGACAAAGGUAGAUAUCAUUCACUGUUCUUCACUCAUCCACCAAGCUAGACACUGUAUUUAGAAGUCUGUCAGAUUGGUAAGUCAUGAUGUUCCCUUCAUAAAUUUAAGCUGACUGCUACAGUCUUUGUCCUUUAUGUGUCUGGAAGUGGUUUCCAGAAUUAUUUACUCCAUCACCUUCUCAAGGAUGGAAGUGAGGUUCACUGACCUGUAUUUUAUGGAUCUUCCUUCUUGAAGACUUAGGUGACUUUUGCUAGCAAGAGCUCCAGUCGCACUGCCCAAGUCGCAGAAUGCAAAGGAAGGAACUGGGAGAAAAAAAGAACUGCCUGCUGUAGGAGGUCAGGUUUGAAAUCAUCUAGGGAACCUGAAGGUGCACAAAUUCAUGGGACCUAAGGAAAUGUGUCUGUGGGUCCUGAGAGAAUAGGCAGAUGUAGUUGCCAAGCCAUUAUCUGUCAUGGUUCAGUAGCUGUGGUGGUUCAGUGGAGUUCGUGCUGACUAGAAGAGGGGAAACAUAGCCCCCAUUUUUAAAAAGGGGAAAAGAGGAAGACCUGGGGAGCUACAGAGCAGUCAGUCUCACCUCUGUGCCCGGCAAGAUCAUGGUGCAGAUCCUCCUGGAAAAUAUGCUAAGGCACAUAGAAAAUAAGGGGAUAAUUGGUGACAGCUAACAUGGCUUCACUAGGGGCAAAUCAUGCCUGACAAAUUUGGUAGCCUUCUAUGGCAGGGUGACAGAGUUGGUGGGUAAAGGAAGAGUGACUGAUGUCGUCUACCUGAACUUGUGGAAGGCACUGUCCCACAUGACAUCCUUGUCUCUAAACUGGAGAGGCAUUGAUGUGAUGGAUGGAGCACUCAGUGGAUAAGGAACUGGCUGGAUGGUCAUGCUCAGAGAGUUGUGGUUAAUUGCUCAGUGUCCAAGUGGAGUCCUGUGAUGAGUGGUGUCCUUCAGGGGUCGGUGUUGGGACUGAUCCUGUUCAGCAUCUUUGUCAGCAACAUGGACAGUGGGAUUGAUGCACCCUCAGCAAGUUUGCCAACGACACCAAGCUGUGUGGUUCGGUUGAUACACUGGAGGGAAGGGAUGCCGUCCAGAGGGACCUUGACACGCUUGUGAGGUGGGCUGAUGCCAACCUCAUGAAGUUCAACAAAGCCAAGUGCAAGGUCCUACACCUGGGCCAGGGCAAUCCCAGGCGCAAGUACAGGCUGGGCAGAGAAUGGGUUGAGAGCAGCCCUGAGGAGAAGGACUUGGGGGUGUUAGUUGGUGAGAAGCUCAACAUGAGCGGGCAGUGUGUGCUUGCAGCCCAGAAAGCCAACUGUGUUCUGGGCUGCAUCAAGAGAAUUGUGACCAGCAGGUCAAAGGAGGUGAUUCUUCCCCUCUGCCUUGUUUGCAUGAGAAUCCACCUGCAGUCCUGUGUCCAGCUCUGGGGCCCCCAACAUGAGAGGGACAUGGACCUCCUUGAGUGAAUCCAGAGGAGGCCAUGAAGAUGCUCAAGGGGCUGGAGCACCUCCUAUGAAGACAGGCUGAGAGAGUUGGGCUUAUUCAGCCUGGAGAAGAGAAGGCUCUGGGGAGACCUUACAGCAGCUUCGAGUGCCUAAAGGGGCCUACGAGAAAGCUGGAGAAGGACUUUUUGUAAAAGCAAAAAGUGACAGAACAAGGUGCAAUGGCUCUAAACUGAAAGAGGGUAGAUUUAAAUUAGAUAUUAGGAGGUAAUUCUUUACUGUGAGGGUGGUGCAGUGCUGUCACAGGUUGCCCAGAGAAGUUGUUCCUGCCCCAUUCCUGGAAGUGCUUAAGGCCAGGUUGGACGGGGCUUGGAGCAACCUGGUCUAGUGGAAAGUGUCCUUGCCUAUGGCAAGGGAGGUUGGAACAAGGUGAUCUUUCAGGUCCCUUCCAACCCAAACCAUACUAUUAUUCCAUGAUUCUAUGACCCUGGCUUGCUUUCAGUCCCCAGAAACCUCUCCUGUGUACUGUGACUUUUCCAAGGUGACUGAGAACGGUCUUGCAAUAACAUCAUGCAGCUGUGGGUUCAUCCAGUCAAGCAGCAUGUGUGUGUCCAGUUCCUAUUCAUCAAGGGUGCGCUUUCCUUGCUCCAGACUCAAUAGUGGUCUGGGGACCUGUGGUUGCUGAAGUCCGGUCUUACCACUAAAGACUGUUGUGAAGAAGCAUUGAGUACCUCAGCCUUUUCUGUGCCCUUUAUGUCUAAUUCCCCUGCCCCCUUUAGCAGUGGGAUCACAUUUUCCCUUGUCUUUCUUUUGCUGCUUAUAUACCUAUAGGUAUACUGCAGGUUUUAAUUUUGCUUUUCAUAUUUCUCACCAGAUUUAACCCCAGAUGAGUUUUGGCUUUCCUAGCCCUAUCUGUGUGUGCUAAAAUAGUUUCUCUAGGUUCUUCCAUGCUUCCACCUCUGGUAUGCUUCCUUUUUGCGUUUGACUUUUCUCAGGAGCUGCUUUUUCACGUAUGCGUACAUCCUUCCAUCUUUGCUUUAUUUCCUUUAUGUGGGGAUGGACCAUCCUUGAAAAUCUACCAGCUCUCUUGGACUCUCCUUCUCAUCAGGGCCGUAUCCCAUGGAAUUCUUCCAAACAAAACCUUGAAUUUAUCUGGAAAUGUGGAAACUUUGUUUUAUGCUUUUGUGGGGCUCAUUUUCAUACUGUUGCUGAAUAAAUUUUUGCAUAUCAGUUUUGUGUAAGUUGCACCAUGAAUGUGAAAUGGGAGAGGUGGGCUGGGGAUUAUUUUCCCUAGCAUCUAUUCAUCCAGACAUCUUUUGGCUUAGUGUCUGAAGCUGUCCCAAACAAUUCAAAAUAGAAAUUAGUUGCCUUGGGGGCUUAUUACUCCUACUAACAGAUAGUAUUUUCUACACAGGAAUCUUUCCAAAUUCUCUUCUGGUAUAAUGAUGUCAUUACUCUCCCUCUUCACUGUUGUCUUUUGGGGGAAAUGAAGAACAUCUGUCUCAUCCAGGCAAGAAUCCAGGCACAUUCUACAAUCCAGCACCUGCAAAUCCUCCAUGUAAUGGCAGUAGCCGAUAGGUGGGUCUUAGUUUGCAAGUUUUGAAACCUCUUGGUACUAGCCAACAUCUCAAAUGCAAAUUUCUGUGAAAAUUCUACUUUGAAUGAUGACAUAUUUGUUACGAUUUCCUUCAGUACUUCCAGUUUUCUGUAGAUAUAUAAUUUUUUUCUAGGAAAAAAAAAAAUACUACUUUUAUUUCUGCUGCGUUCUUAUGAUGGCUUUACUUAAUUACGAAGUAAAAUGUUGGUACUUCAAAAUGAAAAAUUUUGAAGGGUACUGCAGGUAUGCUGUGUAUUAUUUUUCACUGGAAAGAACCAAGUACUAAGCCACUGCUGUCAGCUGCAACUGUGCGUCUCUUGCUUGUGUGUAAGUUAAAUGUGAUAAUUAAAUCUGAGUCUUCCUCUUUA